AUGAAUUUCUAUUAUCUUUUUAUUUUUAAUAUUGGAUAUUUAAUUUUUUUUUCAAAAAUUAAUGGAAAAAAAGUUUAUCAAUUUCCUAUUUUUCAAAGUAAUGAUUGUAAAGUUAAUAAAUUAGCUGUCAUUCAUCCUAAAUAUGAUUCACAUUUAACAUGGGUUUUAUCACCAACUUGUGAUUUUGCUGUUAAAUAUAAUUGGGAUGUAGGAACAUUUUUAAAACUAUUACAUGAAGAAACUACACAAUUAGAAAAUUUAAUAGGAUAUUGUUCUGGUAAUUAUAAUAACAAUAUAUUUACAAAUUUUGAUAAUGGUAUAUUAUUUAUCAUAUUUCAAGAUAAAAAAAACAAUAAAGUAAAACAUAAUAAAGUAUAUUAUGAUGUUAUUGUCAUUGAUACUAUAGAAUUUUGGAAUUCUAAAUUACCUUACAUUAAUAUUUUAAAUAAAAUACCAGAUAAUAUAACAUUCAUUAAUAAAUUGUCAUUUAAAAGUAACGUUACUUUUAAUAGUUGUAUUGGGGAUAAAUCUAAUGUUACAAUUAAUGUUGUAUGUAUUUAUGAAUCAAAAAAAAUUCAUUAUCAAUAUUUUUUAAAUAAUACAUCUAAAAAAACAAUGAUUAUUAAAGAAGUAUUUAAUUUGGAUUUUUUUUUACAAAAUAAUCAUAUAUAUUCUUUACAUUAUUAUAAAAAUAUUUUAUAUAUACUUUAUUGGUCAGUUUAUUUAGAUGAUGAAAUUAUAUAUGCUCAUGAAACUGAAAAAAUAAAUUGUAAAAAAUUAAAUGAAUGUUAUCCUGGAUUUAGAGUACCAAUAUAUAGAAAUGAUGAUUUAUAUUAUCAUAAGAUAUCUUCAAUUAAAAAUCUUGGAAUUACAUUAGAUAUAUGUAUGAGAAUAUCAAGUGAAUGUAAGUCAUACUUUUUAUCAGAUGAUAAAAUGUUAGACCCAUUUGUAUGUACACAUGCUAAAUCAUUUGAUGGUUUUAAUUUGAUUUUAUCAGGAACUAUACCUAUUGCUAAUCCUUAUAUAGGAUUAUUUUCAUCAAUGUCUUCUGAUUCAUGUUCUAUUAAAAAAGACUAUAUAUCAAAAAAGUAUAUUUUAUAA